AAAAAACACAAUAAUUACGUGACAGUUAAUUUAAUAAACAAACGUCAUUUUAAAUUUUAAACGGUGGAACUCCGCGCGCCAAAUUCAAAAUUCCCGUGGCUUUAUUGCAAUGGAUGACGAGAAUGAAAAGAGUUUGUGCUACAUUGAGGGAACCGUCGUUGAUAGAAACGCCUCCAAGGACAUAACCGAGUUGCACGAAAAUGUCUGGUACCGGAUGAAACCCCCGAAGCAGUCUUCAGAGACCUACACCUCUUUCGUAACCGCGAGACAAAUCGACUUGAUCAGGAACAUGUUGUUGGGUAAAACCGCACUCAAGCCCUUUGAAGUCAAAACGGAGAAGAUCAAGGAGACGCGUCCCCCGCCAAGGAGGGACCCUGACAUCAUCCCUCCGUCUAUAAACAAGAGGAAAUCGUCGGUCAAGUUUCUCAAUAAGUCUAUUUACGAGCAAAUGUAGUUAAAGAAACACCAAAUGCAAUUUUAAACUUUU